CCAGGUCACUCCUUCUCCACAUGGGGCCGUCUGAGGAAGGUUUUAAGAGCAGGUUCUGGGUCCUGAUGCUCCUCCCUCAGCAAGACUCCUGCGAUCCUCACAUUCACACACCAAUUGAGACACACACACAAAAACAGUCAGCAGCUUCUAAUACCAUGACUUCUCAUUUCUGAUUCAAAAAGGAAGCAAGGACACAAACACACCACUCACAGCAGGCGCAGACAUACGGGAAACUGCCACUGUGUCACAGAAAGUCCCUCCAAAGAAACUACUGAUCUGGGACCAGCUGGAAGGACAAAAUGGGUGUUUGGACGGCCCUGAUUCUGGCCUUGCAGCUGCUGUUAAAACUGAGCUUACACGUGGAAGCCCAGGCUUUAGUCUAUGAUCUGCUCACCUCGCCUGAUUGCUUGCCAGACCUGCUGCAGGGGGGUCUGGCCGAGCAAGGGGUGAACGAGGCUUUCAUCCUAACCUCCUUCAAGUUGCAGCCCAAGACCGGAACCAGCGUGUUUUCCCUGUACAACCCCAGGGACAACAGCAAGUACUUUGAGUUCACGGUGAUGGGGAAGCUCAACAGAGCUGUGUUACGCUACCUGCGGACUGACAAGAGGAUGAGCUCAGUCACCUUCAACAACCUGGUGCUGGCAGACGGCCAACAGCACCGACUGUUGUUCCACCUGAAGGGGUUGCAGCAGCAAGGGCCAGGCGGGGUGGAGCUGCAUCUGGACUGCAGGCUGGUGGAGACGGUCAGGGAUCUCCCUGCUGCCUUCCAGGGUUUGCAAGCAGGCUAUGGUAUGGUGGAUCUCAAGACCAUGCAAGCCAGAGAGCAGGAGAGUUUAGACGAGCUCAAGCUGGUGGUUGGAGACACAUUUGAGAAUGUUGCUUCAUUACAAGACUGUCACUUCCAACAAAGAGACUCCGUCCAAACUCUGGGGGUCAACACGAAGCAGCUGUCCAAUCAAAUGCUGGAGUUAACAAAGGUGAUAAAUGAGCUGAAAGACGUCCUCAUCCAGCAGGUCAAAGAGACCUCAUUUCUCAGAAACACCAUCUCAGAGUGUCAGGCCUGCGGUCUGGGUGGUAAUGAGGUGCCAAAACAAAGGUGUGCCCCGGGUACCUGUUUCCGUGACGAUAUGUGUAUAGAGACAGCUUAUGGUGUCGAGUGUGGACCGUGUCCUGAUGGGUACACCGGAGAUGGUUUCAGCUGUGAUGAUGUGGACGAGUGCCAGUUUAACCCCUGCUUCCCUGGAGUGAAGUGUGUGAACACCGCCCCGGGCUUUCGCUGUGACGCCUGUCCGCUGGGCUACACGGGCCUGGCAGUUGAGGGUGUGGGCAUUGUGUUUGCUCAGACCAACAAACAGGUCUGUGACGAUAUUGACGAAUGCAAAGGACCCGACAACGGAGGCUGUACUGCAAACUCAAUCUGUCACAACUCCGUGGGCUCAUACCACUGCGGCAGCUGUAAGACAGGUUUCACCGGAGAUCAGGUGAAGGGCUGCAAGCCAGAGAUCAGCUGCAGCAACAGCCUGACCAACCCCUGCGACAUCAACGCUCAGUGCAGCGUAGAGAGGGACGGGUCAAUCACUUGCCAGUGUGGAAUUGGCUGGGCCGGUAACGGAUACUUGUGUGGGAAGGAUACCGACAUUGACGGAUACCCAGAUGACAAACUCAAAUGCAAAGAUGCGAACUGUAAAAAGGAUAAUUGCAUCUACGUUCCAAACUCUGGUCAAGAGGAUGCUGACAGGGAUGGUCAAGGAGACGCCUGCGACGAUGAUGCAGACGGUGACGGUAUACCAAAUGAGCAGGACAACUGCUGGUUGAAGCCCAACGUGGACCAGAGGAACAGCGAUAAGGACAGCCACGGCGACGCCUGUGAUAACUGUCGCAUGGUGGAGAACCCUGACCAAAGGGACACCGACAGUGACGGCAAAGGGGACGCCUGCGAUGACGACAUGGAUGGAGACGGUCUGAAGAACAUUCUGGACAACUGCCAGCGUGUCCAGAACAGAGACCAGCGAGACCGGGACGGAGACGGAGUGGGAGACGCCUGCGACAGCUGCCCCGACAUCCCCAACCCAAACCAGUCUGAUAUUGACAACGACCUGGUUGGAGACUCCUGCGACACAAACCAGGACAGUGAUGGCGACGGUCACCAGGAUACCAAGGAUAAUUGCCCGUUCGUAAUAAAUAGCUCACAGCUGGACACGGACAAAGAUGGGCUGGGUGAUGAGUGUGAUGAUGACGACGACAAUGAUGGGAUCCCUGACACUAUACCACCAGGACCAGACAACUGCCGGCUGGUGCCAAACCCUGACCAGACUGACGACAACAAUGAUGGAGUUGGAGACGUGUGUGAGUCGGACUUUGACCAGGACAAAGUGAUUGACAGGAUUGACAAUUGUCCUGAGAAUGCAGAGGUUACCUUGACUGACUUCAGGGCCUACCAGACGGUGGUGCUGGACCCCGAGGGUGAUGCCCAGAUUGACCCCAACUGGGUUGUUUUGAACCAGGGAAUGGAAAUUGUUCAGACCAUGAAUAGUGACCCCGGACUUGCUGUUGGUUACACUGCUUUCAGUGGAGUGGACUUCGAGGGCACAUUUCACGUAAACACAGUGACUGACGACGACUACGCCGGCUUCAUCUUCGGCUACCAGGACUCGUCCUCCUUCUACGUGGUGAUGUGGAAGCAGACUGAACAGACCUACUGGCAGGCGACACCCUUCAGAGCCGUGGCCGAGCCCGGCAUCCAGCUUAAGGCUGUGAAGUCUACAUCGGGCCCCGGGGAGCACUUGAGAAAUUCACUGUGGCACACUGGAGACACAAACGACCAGGUGCGCCUGCUGUGGAAGGACCCCAGAAACGUAGGCUGGAAGGACAAGGUGUCCUACCGUUGGUACCUGCAGCACCGCCCACAGGUCGGAUACAUCAGGGCGAGGUUUUAUGAGGGAACUGAGCUGGUGGCAGACUCUGGUGUGACUAUUGACACGACCAUGAGAGGAGGACGACUCGGUGUGUUCUGCUUCUCUCAAGAAAAUAUCAUCUGGUCCAAUUUGAAAUACCGCUGCAAUGACACCAUCCCAGAGGAUUUCCAGGAGUUCAGCACUCAGCACGGCGUUGACUCACUCUGAAGUCGAGACAAAAAUAUGACACCAGAUCUCUAAAGACUCUUCUGUGUGGGAAUAUGAGUGUGUGUGUGUAUAAGUGAGAGUGUGUUUAGGUCUGUCUGUCUGUCUGCCUGUCUGUCUGUGUAUUGAUGUGUGCAGUUUAAGUGCACAUAUGACCACAAUCUUUGUACUGUAUGUGCAUAUUAUCAUGUCCGUUUCCAUUUCCUAAUUGCGUCUGUUCUGUUUAAUCAUCGCUUACAGACUCCAGCCGAACGUGUUUUGCUGAAUAUCAUAAGUUAUGAUGAUUUUUACUGAACAUGACAUUGCAUAACAAGAGAAAAAAAUAAUACAAGAACAUGUAUCUUAAGAUAACAUAAUGCAACAUAAUACAGCGUCGAGGUGGAAUUAACAACUUCUCCCCCUCCCUCAAGCAUUUCCAAGUGGUAUUUUUGUUGGCACUGCUGUCGCAAUGGUUACUAGAUCGCUUUCCAUUUUCUCCAGAACCUUGCAACUGGGCUCUUUUUCUUUUGCCAGGUUUUUUACAUUUACUACAGUUGUUCCACUGUUCGUCAUUUACGCUACUGGGCAUAGUAACUGCAAAGAACUUACACUGACAUGCUUUAAUAACUGGGGAUAACUACCGAUAGCUAACAAGGAGAAGAAUAGCGCCAUCCUUUUCUUGUUUUGGUUGCAAAAUAGUUGACACACUUCCUUUGUGCCAUAAAUCAAGCCUUAGUUUUUCCAAAGGAUUGUACCCAAGCGACAAUCUCCGGGGCUGACUAAUGGAGCCAAUGCAGAAGUGUCAAAAACUACAGUUCCUUUAAAAGUCACUUGUGGUUGGCUCCAGAAACCACUCAAUCCCCAUGUUAAAAUGCUUAUAUAAUAAUAGUAAUAAACAUGUUUACAGUCUGGUACAAAAAAUGUUUGGUCUCUAAAGCUAGUUUCAACAUUCAUGUCAACUGUAUGCAGGUUGAAUUUUUUCAUAACUCACCUGUAUACAUUUUAUGAAGGCUUAGAGUUACGCAUAUUUACACCGUUUUGAGUGACAGACUGUCUGCCAAUAGUGUCCUUGGGUUCUCCGUUAGAUCCACCCCUCGCUCUUCCACAGCUCUACCCUCUCAUCCAAACAUGGUCACCUCUGGCUCCACAACAACAAGAUGGCGAUGGCCAAAAUGCCAAACUCAAGGCUUCAAAACAAGAGUCCACACAACAAUGGAUGACAUCACAGUUGCUACAUCCAUUAUUUUAUACAGUCUGUGAUCGUACCCAGUGAGAGACAGAAUUGCAGAGCGAAGCGAGGCUUAAAGGGAAUCAAUCUAAACACUGAUCGUGUCAUUAUGCUCCAGCAAUUAUAUUGUGCAAUCAACAUUUACUUCAUAGAAGUUAAAGCAAAAAACUUUCAUUUCCACUUAAAUAAUGCACAGUUUCCAUUCAGUUCAUAUAUAUUUUCUAAAAAAACACAGUAUUUCACUUCCAUACAGGACAUUUUGGCCUAUGCAUGGUAUUAUAAAGAUGUUCAACAACUGGAAGGGAACUGGAAGUUAUCACUGUGGAUCAACCUCAUACUGAUGUUUCCUACAUUCAGAUGUAUGAUCAGAUCAGAUCAUGAACUGGUUGUGUUUUUUUUUUUUUUUAUAACUAUCAGCGUGUUUAUCUUUUCUCCUUUAUGUUAAGAAAAGAUGAACAGACCAAUUUUUUUAAUGACUCAAAUUUCAGACUGUACCUUGUCUAACUUACUAUAGGACAUUAACUUAAAGCUCAGUGUAACCAUGACUUUUUCUUUCCAUCGUUUUGUCCUUGACAUCUUGAUCAUUUCAUAUCUAUGUAGUCACAAACCUGGUCAAAAUAAAGGGCUUUAAAAUAUA